GGUGCAGCAGAGGAUCAUCGAGCUGCUGUCAGCAGUCAGAAGCGAGCUGAGUGGACUUCCAAAACUGAUGCUGCCUGCCUGCUUACUUGUGGCGGGGUUAGCAACCGGUGCGCCACCACAAUCAAGCUUCCGUCGGACAUUUAACAAGCCACCAAACUGGGAAACUAGAGGAAACGCAGACUGCGCUGUAAAUGUUUCGGCACCGGAGAACUCAGUAUGAAGAAGUCAGUCCGGCCCUCGGUGAGUAAGGUGAGUGCUGAUCGAGGGAAGGCAGAAGUCGCAGCUACCACUGGCACUGGGAAGCCUGCAGCUAAGACCAACAGUGCUGCACCUCUGUCGAAGGUGAAAAGCAACGAUGAUCUUUUAGCAGCAAUGACUGGAGGGAAUCCUGCGUCAAGCAAUGCUGUCAGCAAAACUAAGAGGACUGCCUCAAUUGGGACGACUGCUAGCACUGGUGACAAUAAGCAAAAAGCAGCAGCAGGUUCUUUGACCAAGCGUAUGACAUCAUCAACUACAAAAGAGCCAAAUUCUUCACGAGACCGUCUUCGAACAUCCAGGACAUCAGCUAAUAAGAAGCAGCUGGUCUCAGGGACAGCAGCAGGCGAUGCGCCCUCAGGGAAGCGGUCUCGCAGCCAGAUCCUGACGGAGUCCGAGAGUCGUAUGAGCAAGUCGAAAUCAGAUGGCCAGAUCAGUGAUAAGGUGGCAUUGGAGACAAAAGUCAAUGACCUGCUAGGGCUUGCUAAGAGCAAAGAUGUGGAGAUUCUACACCUUCGCAGUGAACUGAGAGACAUGAGGGUCCAGCUUAGCAUGGAAGGGAAGGACUCGCCACAGCAGGAAGAAGCAGAGGAGGGGGAGAAGCCGCAUUUCUCAGCCAUCACAGCAGCUGAUGUCGAGUCUACUCUGCUUCUUUUACAAGAGCAAAACCAGGCCAUCAGAGAGGAGCUCAACCUACUGAAGAGUGAGAAUCGAAUGCUCAAAGACCGUCUCAAUGCACUGGGAUUCUCCCUGGAGCAGAGGUUGGAUGGCUCUGACAAGCUGUUCAAUUACCCGUCCCUGAGCCCGGACUUGGCAGCAGGCAGUGGGCAGAGUGUGGUUGGAGCCACCCUGACCUCCUCGGUGGAGGGGUCGGCCCCCGGUUCCUUAGAGGAUCUCCUCACUGGUCACCAGCAUGGUGGUUCAGCAGACAAUCUUGACAGCGAAUCGAGUGAGGUCUAUCAGGCCGUCACCUCCAGCGAUGAUGCGCUGGAUGCCCCCUCUGGAGCCUCCUCAUCCUCUGAAUGUGAGUCUGCUCCGAGUAGAGAGCGUUCACGGAGGGGCAGCAGUGGAAAUGCCAGCGAGGUGUCAGUUGCCUGUCUUACGGAGCGCAUCCAUCAGAUGGAGGAGAACCAGCAUAGCACCGCUGAGGAGCUGCAGGCCACAUUGCAGGAGCUGGCCGAUCUGCAGCAAAUCACCCAAGAGUUGAACGGGGAGAACGAGCGGCUCGGCGAGGAGAAGGUCAUCCUCAUGGACUCGUUGUGCCAGCAGAGCGACAAGCUGGAGCUCUACGGCCGACAGAUAGAGUACCUGCGCUCCUUGCUAGACGAGCAUCAUAUUGCGUACGUUCUGGAGGAGGACAUCAAGAGCGGCCGCUACAUGGAGCUGGAGCAGCGCUACGCCGACCUGGCAGAUAAUGCUCGCUUCGAGAGAGAGCAGCUGCUGGGGGUGCAACAGCACUUAUCCAACACUUUGAAGAUGGCAGAGCAGGACAACGCUGAAGCCCAAGAGGUAAUCGGAGCCCUGAAGGAGAGGAACCACCAAAUGGAGCGCAUCAUGGACUCGGAAAGACAAGAUCGGGCAGCCAUGGCCGCUGCGCUUGAUGAAUAUAAAGCGGCAGUGAGCAGCGACCAAGCAGAGCUGAGCCGCUGCCGAGCCCAGUUGGACCAGGAGAGGCAGAGGGUUGCUGAGCUGUACUCUCUUCAUACAGCGGGGGACAAGAAUGACAUAUGCCAGCUUUUGGAAGGUGCGCGACUGGGGAAGGAGGAGGCGGAGGCCAAGGCUGCAAAGUCGCAGGAUGAGUUGGAACAAGCUCACAAUGACCUUGCCCUAUUGCAGGACACUCUCACUAAGCUUGACAGGGAAUACAGAGACUUCCAACAGCAGGUGCAGCAGCAGAUGGCUGAGCAAGCGCACGUGCUGGAGAAACAACGUGUGGAGCUGCAGGAGAAGGGGACGGAGAUCGUCGACAUGAAGGAAACCAUAUUUGAGCUGGAAGACGAAGUGGAGCAGCACCGAGCUCUAAAGCUGCACGACAACCUCAUCAUCACCGACCUUGAGAACGCCGUAAAGAAGCUACAGGAUCAGAAACAUGACAUGGAACGAGAGAUAAAGAUCCUGCAUCGCAGACUUAGGGAGGAGUCGAUGGAGUGGCGUCAGUUCCAAGCAGAUCUGCAGACAGCUGUCGUCAUUGCAAAUGAUAUCAAGUCCGAAGCGCAGGAGGAGAUUGGAGACCUGCGGCGCCGGCUGCAGGAGACUCUGGAGAAGAAUGACAAGCUGAGCAAGGAGCUGGAUGAGGUCAAAAGCCGCAAGCAAGAGGAGGAGAGAGGCCGUGUGUAUAACUACAUGAACGCAGUGGAGAGGGACCUGGCUGCACUCAGACAGGGAAUGGGUCUGAGUCGUCGGUCUUCCACCUCCUCUGAGCCUUCGCCAACUGUCAAAACCCUCAUCAAAAGCUUUGAUAGUGCCUCGCAAGCACCACCACCUUCCAAUACUGCCACUGUGACUCCAACAGCGCCAGCGACCCCACUACCACGCACCCCUCUUAGUCCAAGUCCAAUGAAGACACCUCCGGCUGCUGCUGUCUCACCUAUACAAAGGCACUCUGUAUCCACGUCUCUGUCAGCUGCCAAGCCGCUCUCCUCCCUCAGUGACAAGAGGACCAGCUAUUCAGACAUCUCCAUGUCAUCUGAGCACCUUCUCAGAGGAGCACCAGCCAAUCGACCACCUUCUGUCCUCCAGAGGGUCCCCAACAUGGAUUCCACCAAGACAAUUUCAGUAGUUUCCCGCCGGAGUAGUGAAGAGAUAAAGAGGGACAUGGCAGCCCAAGAUGGGGCUUCCUCAUCCUCACUGAUGGCCAUGAGUACCUCCUCCUCCUCUCCAACGGCCUCCGUCACGCCCACAACGCGCAGCCGUCUAAGAGAGGAACGAAAGGACCCACUGUCUGCACUGGCCAGAGAGUAUGGAGGCUCCAAGAGAAAUGCCCUGCUGAAGUGGUGCCAGAAGAAAACCGAGGGUUAUCAAAACAUUGACAUCACCAAUUUCAGCAGUAGUUGGAAUGAUGGUCUGGCAUUCUGUGCUCUGCUCCACACCUACUUGCCGGCCCACAUCCCUUAUCAAGAGCUGACCAGCCAAGACAAGAGGAGGAACUUCACCUUGGCGUUCCAGGCUGCAGAAAGUGUCGGGAUUAAAUGCACUUUAGACAUAAAUGAGAUGGUGCACACUGAGAGGCCGGACUGGCAGAGCGUCAUGACUUACGUCACAGCGAUCUACAAAUACUUCGAGACCUGACUAAAGUCUCCUGCUACUGUCUGAGCUGGGCCGCACCUCAAACCCAACAUCACAACUGUACCUCACUGGAUACCCCCCCUGCAUAGCAUGUUCAACAUCUUCAGGAGUUUGCAACACUAAGAGUAGACGUCAAUCUGAAAGGAAACACAGUAUUAGUAUUGCCUGCAUGCAGUGUCACGAGAACACCUUGAGAAGUGAACCAAGUAUGAACUGACAGCUGAUGCUGAAGAAAAGCGCCUCAGUGCCUUCCGCCUGGAUUUUCGUUUUGCAAGAAAUUGUCCUCUAAACUUUGCCCAGAUGUUUGAUCAUUAGCGAGCAAUAAAACAAGUUGAAAGGCCCAAUUCCUCUCCAUUUUGAUGGCGAAUACCUUUGAGAAACAUCUGCUAAGGAUCUACAACAUAUCAGUACAGUUCAAAUUCCCUCGAGCCUUUGACUAGAGCUCAGGCAGUUGUAUUUUGCAGUAUUCCAGAUGUUUAUGUAUGCUUCAGAUGCCUUUGUUUGAGAUGAUCAAGUGCCUGUGUGAUGAUCGAUGCCUGACGCCAGCACAGCUCCCCUGAGAGCCAAAGCCUGAACAGUGUCUUUUCACUACAGCUUGUGAAGAUGAAGAUCUGUUGUCCAAUACUGUACAUGAUGUUGCAGACCUUUUUUUUUUUUUUUUUUUUCCCCUUGCUCAUUUUGUGCUGGUUGCUGUGUGGGACAAGCUUCUUAUGCUACAGAAACAAAUAUCUGAUCUCAAUUGGAAGCCCCACCCACUUAGCACUGCAUAGUGUUGGUUGCGAGCUUUGAGGAUUUAACGUGAAUGACAAAAUGAGAUGUGCUGAGACCCUGGAAAAUGUCAAUGAAAGGGAAUUCAUUUUGAAUCUCAGCUCCCACCUUAGUGGGUGGAGUUUUCAUGUUCUCCCUGUGCUUGUUCUCACUCCGGCUUCCUCCCACCUUCCCAAAACGUGCUGCUUCGGUUGGUAGGAGGCUAAAUUGUCCAUAAAUGUGAGUGUGAAUGGCUGUUUGUGUCGAGUAUAUGUGCCCUGCGUUUGGCUUGCGUAUGCCGCCUCUCGCCCAAAGUCAGCUGGGAUAGGCUCCUGUUAGCUGUGAUCCUAAUGAGGUCAAACAUAGAAAAUGGUUGGAUAUUAGAAUUAUGGCAAUAAACUGCACGUUUGCAAAGUUGCAGUUUGGUUAAUAACAGGAAAAGCAAUUCUAUUUUUCAAUUUUACACCAAAUUUCCAGUUAGCUCCCUUCAUUUCUCAUGAAUUCCCAUAGAAAAUGUCUAGCUCAUCCUUGGUACAAAUUCCAGUGGAAAGUUUCCACAACGUUUACGUAAAUAUGUCUUCUCCUAAUGUGAGCAGCCCUUUUUUGGGGGGGGGGAAAUCCCCACGUUAGGUGAUUGAAUACUUUUUCGGGUUUGCUAAUUUAGCCACAACACUAAAAGACAAAGGAAAUUAACAGUUCAAAAUCAUGAAAAGCCACCUUCCAUCGGGUGUAAGGGCCAGUAAUGUUUGUUUAAUUUCAUUUGUGUUUGUACAAAAAUGCUACUGCAACAAUAUUGUGUCUGAAGAGGUGAGCUUUAUAGCAGUUAUUUUAAAGCUUUUGCCAACGUCACACAUAGAAGGCAAGCUGUUUUACUGUGUUCAAUGAAAGCUAAGCUAAUAACUUGUUGGCCUCAUUCUCACAUUCGGGGGAGAAAUCGUCCAAGAAUAGCUCAUUUGAUCAGAAUGUUCGAAAAUGUUUUUUUUUUUUUUUUUUUUUUUUUUUUUUAAUAUUAUUAUUAUUAUUAUAAAUGUGUUGAACUUCCUACUGUGACUUAACAUUAUUGUAGAGAUGCUGAGUACAUUGGUGUCCAUUGUGCCAGCAACAUGACUGUGUGGCUGCUGUGUGUCAACUGUGCCUCCACUUUCAUGUUCACUUUAUUUAUUGGGAUGUUUCCAAUCACUGUAUAUAUAUUUUUUUAUUAUUAUUGUAUUUUUCUUGUUGUCGUAGCUUUAUUUGUGAGUGCACGGAUUUGUUACAUACAAGUGGCUGCACCUAUGAAAAGCCAUUUGUGCGUUUAUUUGAUAUUCUUUGUAUCCAUUUUAAGGUCCAUGUACCAGUAACGCUUUAGUAAUGACACAAUUCUACAAGUUAACACCUAGUGCUUCACUAGUAGUGUGCAGAUAUCAACUAGUGCAUGGUUUUGCCUCACUGGUAACAUGUAGUUGUUCUACUAGUGAGGACAGAGAGUGUAGUGGUACAUUGGCCUUAAGCUGCCUAACAAGAAAAUAAAAAAAAAAGUGUUUAUUUGGUUUCCUUGAUAAGAAGGCUACUAGUGUGACACAGGCCUACUAGGAGGGCUUAGUACUGAUACUAGUGCAGACCAGUAGUUUACUAAUAAGUUUUAAUUUCAUACUAGUAGGCCAAAAGUGGCACUAGUUACAAGACAGUCGUUCUACUAGUGUGCUGAAUUGUCUUACUGAUGAGGGCAAUGACAGUAUUAGUAUCUGGACCUUAAGCUCGAGGAUAUCAGCUGCUUCUACUUUUUUUUUUUUCUUAACUCCCUGCUAAUGUCUUGCCUUAACAUAUUUAGCUUUUGCGAGUGUUGAACUUGCAGUUUUGUUUGCCUACAGCGUGGAAACGUUCGUGCCUCUUGAGAAACGCUAAUCAGGUCUUUUCGCAAGGCAGGUUGAAUUGAUGUGUGUGUGUGUGUGUGUUACUCUGCUGUUUUGGCACAUGAGGCUGCCAGCUGGUAUCUGUAGUAAUAUAGUUGUUUUCAUCUUGGAUGCGUUUGCAAAACCCACGUCACCGCCAUCUGUACAGCUGCUUUGGACAUCCAGCAAUUUAGCACAAGAAACCUUUUGUUGUAUGUAUAAAUGUGUAGUAUUUAAGUACAUUUGACAGCAUUGAGGGUUUAUCAGCCAACACUUUUAUCGUCUUCUGCUUGAUUCCAUUGCUAAACUAUGCGUGUUGUUAUUCCCAUUUGGAUUAUCUGGGAGUUUGCAGAACAAAUUGAAUCCUCCCCGUUGCUCAACAUGGAAUAUGUUUGCGAUCACACACACGCUUAUUUGGAGGAACUGAUGAACACUAAGCCGAGCAAGGACACUCCACUCCACUUCCAUGUGUUGCAGCCACAAGAGAGAGUACGAGAAAGAGAGACAUUAUAUUGCAGGGCCUUUCAUGUGUCAUGGGUUAUAGAAGCAGGAAAGCAAAUGUGAACAGUCCUUUGUUUCUUUACUGGAUCUGCUUCGUGUUUUGCUUGCCUUGGUUUACUUGAAAAUGCUCUGAGAAUUCCACUGAAGUGACUUAAGUUGUUUUUAUUUUUUGGGGGGGGGUUACUCCAUGUUGCCUAUAAAAUCCAAUAUUUUCAUUUCCUGUACAUGCGUUUUUUUAUUAGUGUGGACUUUUAUUUUGAAGAUACACUGAUGACAUUUCAUUUAGUGCCUAUUCUUUAGUUAAAGUGAACAUAGGUGUGUGUG